UCCACCAUCUCUUAGUAUUCAAAAACAUAUGAUUACGAUAGCUGCAAAUGAUACACUGCAGAUAACUUGCAGUGGUGAGAGGGCUCUGGAUUGGCUUUUGCCAAAUAACCAAACCGGCCUCGAAAACCGAGUCGCACUGACUGAGUGUGCCAGCGAUACUUAUUGUAAGAUGCUCACCCUGACGGAUGUAAUAAGCAACGACACCGGGUCCUACAAGUGUUUUUACCAAGACAACCACACCUCCUCAAGUGUUUAUGUUUAUGUACAAGAUUACAGAUCUCCAUUUGUGAUGUCAGCCAGUGAGCCUGGAGCUAUAUAUAUAACCGGAAACAAAACUGUAGUGGUUCCAUGUCUCGGAUCCUCAUCAAACCUGAACGUGUCACUUCAUUCGAAAUAUCCAGAGCAAACGUUUGUUCCUGAUGGAAAGUCAGUUACAUGGGAUAAUCAGAAAGGUUUCACCAUUCCCACUAACAUGAUCAGUGAUGUAGGAAUGGUCUUCUGCAAAACUAAGAUAGAUGGAGAGAGCUAUCAAUCGAUGAUGUACGUCGUGGUGGUCUUAG